AUGUCGCAUCUGUAUUUACAGCUACACUCACAAGCACCAUCACUCUCUUCUUCUUCUUCUUCUUCUACUUCAACUUCGUCUCGUUUUUCUUUCCUUAAGCUUUUCACAAACACCACUUUCUCUUUCUCUCCAACAACAAACUCUCUUCCUUUCAAACCCCUAACUAUCAGAUGCCGCCACUCUGACGUCGUUGAAACCGGAACCAAUCAUUCUCCUCCCACUUCAACCCCCAACAACAACCCUUCAGUUGGAGCUUUACCACCUAGGGUUUAUGUUGGUCAUUCCAUUUACAAAGGGAAGGCUGCUCUCACUAUCACUCCUAGACCGCCGGAGUUCGCACCUCUGGAUUCAGGGGCAUAUAAGAUAUCUAAGGAUGGUUAUGUGCUGCUUCAGUUUGCUCCCUCGGUUGGUCUGCGCCAGUAUGACUGGAAUAGAAAACAGGUUUUCUCGUUAUCGGUGGAUGAAAUGGGAAGUGUGAUUAGCCUUGGUGCAAGGGACCAUUGUGAAUUUUUUCAUGAUCCUUACAAGGGAAAAAGUGAUGAAGGCAAAGUCAAAAAAGUUUUGAAAGUUGAGCCUUUUCCGGAUGGUUCUGGAUUCUUUUUUAAUCUCAGUGUUCAAAACAAGCUUGUGAACGUGGAAGAAAGCAUCACUCUCCCCGUAACAAAAGCAGAGUUAUCAGUUUUGAGCACAAUAUUCAAGUUCAUCAUGCCAUACCUACUUGGUUGGCAUACCUUUGCAGACUCGAUAAGUCCGGAGUAUUCUGCGGCGGCGAGUGUGGCAAACAAUGCCAACCCCAAAUAUGGAGUAGAUUAUGAAUGGAACAGAUAG